AUGACAAGCCCAUCGCCAAACGGUUACAAAGGUUGGUCUCGUGAAGAGUUGAUAGAAAGAAUUACUUUGCUAGAGAGCAAGAAGGAUCGUCCGGUUGUACAACCUGUCAUACAACCGAAACUGUUCAGUUUCUCCAGCCAUCCUCGCAGGAAGAUUGCCCUCAAAUUUUCUUACUCUGGCUGGGAGUACGGAGGGCUGGCAUUUCAGCUGGGACCUACGCCUCUGCCCACCGUUGAAGGCGUCCUCUUUGAUGCUCUGGCGAAGGCUCGAUUGAUUGAUCAGGAGGCAGGAUUUGAAGGUUGUGGUUGGGAGAAAUGUGGGCGUACAGAUCGGGGCGUCAGUGCCGCCGGUCAGGUUGUUUCAUUGUGGGCCACAACCUCGAAACCGACGUUUGAACACGACUAUCUAUCUAUCCUGAACCGGCUUCUUCCAGACACGAUUCGAGUUUUGGCAUGGUCUCCAGUUGCUCCCAAAUUCUCUGCCAGAUUCUCAUGCCUUUAUCGACAUUACAAGUAUUUCUUCUCUCCACUAGGAUUGGAUAUACCUCGCAUGCAGCAAGCUGCUUUACGAUUGGUUGGAGAUCACGACUUCCGCAAUCUCUGCAAACUCGACCCCCAAAAACAAAUAACGAUCUUUCGGAGGAAGGUCAUUACGGCCGAGAUUGAACCUCUGUCCCUUGCUGAGAACGGAGAGGGCGUCUAUGUAUUUAACCUGGUUGGGACUGCUUUUCUUUAUCAUCAGGUCCGCCAUAUCAUGGCAAUCCUAUUCCUAGUCGGGACAGGCCUCGAACCUCCAUCGGUGGUGUCCUCACUAUUGAACGUCGAAGCAGGGGUCGAACCAACAAAAGACGGAGAUUCACCUUACGAAGUAGUUGACCGCAAACCCGAAUACCAAAUGGCAGAUGCACUCCCACUGAUGUUAUGGGAAUGCGGAUACCCCGAAACGGAAGUGAGCUGGAGAACAACAGGAAAACCGGACGAUGAUGGUUCAGCUCAAGGCGGCACUUUAUAUCACCAGAUGCAGUCCAUUCACUCCAGAUCACAGAUAUACACCACAUUGAACCAGCACUUCUUCGCUGCGGCGUCGAUACACCACCCGCCUCCACCAUCUCUAUUUCCUGUAUCUAACGUCGAACUCCUUCCACGUGAAGCGAUGAAUAUCCCGCUUGGUGGUGGGACGUUCAAGCGGAGCAAUAAUUAUACACCCUUGUUGAAGAGGAAUAGAUUGGAUACGGUUGAGGUUAUGAACGAGCGAUGGAGGACCGGCAAGGGAUUUAGAAGGGAUGAGAGACGGAAAGCAGCUGAGGGCGGCCCUGUUCCGGACGACGACGAAGAUGAGUGAGAGGAAAUCUCAACUCCUCCUCCGUCGUGAUCAUGUUGUGACAUCUGAUGCAUGUAUACUAUCCUGAAGCUGCAACAUCCACUGUUGCCGAUUGAGUGCUGGCUUCCUU